AUAAAUUUCCGAUAGUAUUCACGAAAAUCUCAUACUUUUUGGAUUGGAUUAUAACUAUAAUGGAAGAGCACAAGAACCCAAUCAAACCCAAAGAGGCCGUCAUUUCAGAGAUUAUACAACAAAAGCUAGACAUUCAGACAACUAAACAGAGCAUCGGAAACAACACAGGACUAAACAUAGCACAGUUGCCUGAAGUGGAAGUGGCGGCAGUUAAGGAAUAUGAAAAUACGACCAUUACCCCGGCAAUCGUCAGGCCGGCACCGGAAGGCGGUCACCCAUGGGUUGUAGUGGUCAUGAAGAAUAACCGGCACCACUGCACCGGUAGUAUACUAAAUGACAAAUGGAUAGUGACUGCCGCCCAUUGUUUUAGUGGGAACGACACGCAAAACGUGAAAAACUUUACCAUAAGAAGCGGUACUGUAUUACGACUGGACGGCAAUGAGUACCCGGUGGCUAAGAUAGUACAGCACCCCCGGUGGGAUUUCUAUGGCUACAAAAACGCGGACAUCGCGCUCAUGAAGAUCAACGGCACCAUCGAUAUGGGAGUCCACAUACACCCCAUCGCACUGCCGAAGACCCUGUUCGAGGAGCCCGUCAGGGAUAACAUGAUAAUCGCCGGUUGGGGUAAGAAGACCAUCAACAUGUCCGCCACACUCUUGUUGGCCAAUGAGUUCAAGCUGUCGAUCAUACCGAUGGCCCACUGCGCUCAGGCCUACAGUAACAUCAAUUAUGUGGUCUAUAAGUCCCAGGUGUGCACCUGGAAUAUCAACCAAUCCGGCAAUUCUGGUGGACCGGCUGUUGAAUUUAGAAAUGACGGCUUCCCACUUGUGUUCACAAAGUUGACCAAGCUCUAA